GCCGGACAUAACGUCAACGACGUCACCAGUCUCGAUAGCCACUAAUCAAGGUAGACUGGGUGACGUGAAUAGUCCAGUUGCGACACUGGAGACAAAUGCUUCCUAAUGACUGCCCCCACUGCAAACAACCAUUCUUGGUUCAAUGCAAAGAAUGAAGGUCCAGGACACCAAGAGGUUGCACACAACCCUCAUCUAUAUAACAGAAACUUGCCACAACAUGUAGGUCCUCCCAGUGAUCAAGCAUGGCAGUCUCAGUAUCAGUGGUACACUCCGGCAUCAAAACCCCCACUGAACACAAGCCACCAGAUGAACAGUGGCACAGGGACUAGUGACUCAUGGAACUGGGGUGGUGGUACAAGCUAUCAGCAGCAGCCCAUGCAGUAUGGGCAACAGUUACAACAGAACAGUCAACAGUAUUUCUCACCAUACAGAAACCAUUAUGAUCCGUCUGUGGCUAGACCUUACCCAGACCCAUGGAACUGGGGCUGGGAAGAGUCUGGGAUCUCAGAGAAUUCAGAGCCUCUUAGCAGCAGCAGCAGUAAUAACAAUAAUAAUAAUAACAUUAAUCCUGAUCCUGCAUGGAGGUGGUCUGUAGAGAAUACGGCAACCUACCAAGAACAUAAUAUUCCAAGUACUAAUGCAGGUUACAGUUCAGGACAGCAUGGGCAGAAUUACACCAUUGCCCCUGUGCAUGCAACUUUCAACACUGGGCCAAAUACUGCAGUAAUGACUCCUGGUACAGCUGCUGUUAUAGCAGAAUCCUUCGGUUCAGGUUCUGCUGACCAGACAGCAUUAUUUCACAGUGGUAGUUCACAGCAUCUUGAAGGAAAUAGGAAUCCCUUCACACCGAACUAUGUAAAAAAUAAUACUGUAAAUCAUCCCGUUAUUACAUCUGAUAAUCAGUAUGCUACAAUAAGUACAGCAUCAAAUUUUGAUCAAGGUAUUUAUAAUCAUGGAUCCCAUGGUGCAAAAAGCAAUUUUGAACAAGGCCAUGUGAGUAAUGUUAACAUUUAUCAGCAAGAGACUUGCAGAGCGGGAAGAGGUGGAGAAGGAAUGGUAGAUCAAACUGCAGUAACAAAGGAGUUGAAGAAUGUAGAAAAUAUUAAACAAGACACUCGGCAGUUAUCAUUGGAUUAUGUCACAGGAGGUGGAGAAUUCACAAAUGUUCCUCUAAGUGCCAAUGAUACAGAGACCAUGAAAGAUACUAAGGAAGAAUUGGACUCACCAGCAAAUGAUGUUCCCGAGUUAAGCACAGAAAGCUCAAGUAGAGAACAAGACACAAGUAAACAAAGUUUCAGUGCAGGAAAUGAUGGUCUUUCUUCACAGUGGUCUACAGAGAGUUUACCAAGUUCUGAAGAGCUGUCUCAGACUGUAGAAGGGAAUGAAAUUGUUUCUUCUCACCCAACUGUACCUCAGUCACAUCUGGUUACCAAUACGCUUCAGGUAAAUGAGCAGAAUGAUCAAUACCAGAAUUAUGAACCCAGCACUUAUGAAUUUAAUGAUGUUAAGCAGGGUGAUAGUCAGGCAGAAAGAGCUGAUCAAGUACAGAGCUUGAAAGGUGUUACAAAUAACACUUCUGUCAGUGAAUCAAGAAAUUUAUAUCAUCAAGACUACCAGAACUACUGUACUGAUCGUUAUGCUGUAGAACAGACCACAAAUGAGACAGUAAGUUGGAAUAAAGAUACAGGAAACAGAGGGUGCAGUCAAGUUGAUACAAACUCUAAUGCAUAUGGUCAUUUGUCUGUUGGUAGUAAUAGUUCAGCAUCGUCCUCCAACCUCUAUGUGCAUGGUGAUCUAUGUACAACACAAACAGAAUCCAUGACCAUUAAGACGGCGUUGUCUGUAGAAAGUGUUUCCAGUGCUUUAGAUAGCUUAACAAUAUCAAAUGAAAAUUUCAGAUCACCAGAUGUGGAAAACAAAGAGAUCAUUUAUCCUGAACUUGAAGACAAUUCAGGUGCAUUGUUGCCUUCUCCGGGACAUAGCAACCAAUCUUUUGAAAGUAAUGUGAAUGUGACUCCACCACCUGCAGUGCCUGGACAUCCUCCAAAGAGUAUUGGGAUUACUCAGGGAAGGAACAGUAAACCGUACUCACUGAACCAGAAACAUACAAAUAAAUACCAAACCAUUCCACCUAGUGGAGAAGGAGCAACUGGUGUAAUUGAGCACAGAAGCUACAGUCAUCUACACUUACCUUCAGUAGGACCAAUUGAACCAGGUGUGAAUAUUUCACAGUUUACAGCAAUACCAGAGAUUAUGUCACACACAGUAAACAACCUCAUGCAGCCAACAUACAGUCACAAGGCUGUGGAAGCUCCAGGAAGCCUUGUUAGCAGAAAAAAGAAAACACCACCACCUCCCAUGACUGAAGAUGCGGUGAACUUGGAGACAGUACCAGAUAAUAAGGAGAGACCUGACUUCAUAGAUGUUCCACAAACAGCUCCUGUAACAAGACCACAUACUGCUCCUGUUGGCCAGGAUUCGUUAAGAGGAAUGGCAUCUCAGUGGACCCAACCAUCAAGUUACAGUACAAGUCCUGAAAACCAAGAGGUGGCUCCCCGUUGUGGACCAGAUAGAAACCAAUAUCUUGAGACUGGGCAACUCAGCAGUGAUGAGAGAGAGAUUAGAUCUGCAGUGCCAGAUGUGAUGGAAACGCAAUACCGAAUUUCAAGGAAUGGUAACAGCAGUGUUUCAAGUGAAGGAUUCUCGCCACUGCUUGGACUUCGUCGCAUGAUUCCCGGUCAGAUUACUGAUCAGCAUACCAGCACAAACAUUUAUCAACCAGAGAAUGUAGUUGACAUCAAUUGUGGGGAUAAUUUUAGUGAAGAUAUUUCAACACCUCCACCAGGCCUCCAUAGAAUGGUUCCUGGGCAGUUUACAGAAAACGAGAAUUCCAUAAUGCAAGUUUUGGACUCUGCUCAUACUACUGAAAAUUCUUCAGGUGAAAUGUUCCUUGAUAGAAUGGUCCCAGGACAGCUGACUGAGGAAAGUGUUGGUGGUGGUAGUUUUGUUUCAGAUGCUGGAAGCGUUAAAACAGUACCAGCACACAGCUCAGUGGAUGAUAUUCCACCACCUGGUUUGAGGAGGAUGGUUCCUGGGGAAUCUAGUAGCCCAGAAAGUCAAGGAAAUUUUGUACAGUCAGGAUUGACAGCAGGCACGUUCCAGCCCAUUGAUGCAGUUCCCUUGGAGCCAAGGGUUGUCACGGGUGUGGCACAAGAUGAAAUGGAUGGUGUGGGACCUGCUGGAACGUUACCAUUGCCACCGUCACCAAUGUCAGCAAGUAGUCAUGCAAAGAGUGAACCUGUUAGCCCAUUAGCAGAGCAAGCUCUGAAUGGCAACAGCUUACCACAGCCCCCAUCUGAACGAAGUGAGACUAUUGGUUCUGAUGGUGUAGAAGUGUACCCACCGCCUCCACUGUCCGAAAACACUGUUCGAGAUGCAAGUGGUUCUCGGCGAGAGGCCAUGAGCAAAGACCGAGAACGUUGGCAUCGGGAUGAUGAGGGUAAUAACCAUAACUCUCAGCACCAAAGAAGACAGACAGAUCGCAGAGACCACUACAGUUUUCGUGAUAAAGAGAGGGCUGAAUCUCCUGGCACCAGUAGGUAUAAGGACCGAGAAGAGUGGGAUUGGAAGUAUGACUCCAGACAUGAGCGAGACAGGGAACGAGUGAGGGACAGAGAUGAUUCCUCAAGUGGUGGUCGUUACAGAGAUGAUAGACAUUAUGAUCCUAGGAAAGAGUUUAGGAGUCAUGAUGAUAAUCAAAGACCGAGGCGAAAGACAAGUUAUGAUAGGCAGGAAGAUGAUGCAGAUACUGAAGAUUAUUUUAGUGAUCAUGAUCAUGACAAGGCCAGACACCGCGAUAAUUAUGAUAGCCGGUACAGAGAUCGAGCUGACAGAGAAAGGGGACAGCGUGAAAUUGUGCAAAAGAUCUCUAGAGAGAGGAAAGAUCAUAGGGCUACAGGAAGAGAUCGUGAUCGAGAUCGUGACCAGGGUCAUGAUAGAGGACGGGUUCGAGACAGAGAAAGACGAAGGCAAGAGUAUUCUGACAGGCAUGAUUAUAGGAGGUUUGACGAACACUACAGUAGAGGUUAUGAGGAUGAUGCUUACUAUCGAGAUAAUCAGAGGUCCCGUCCUUCAAGUCAAACAGAAUAUGAGGAAUAUCAUCGAAGAAAUUACCAUGGAUAUGGAGCCUACAAUUAUGGUGGAAGGCAGGUGGAUUCUUACCACUAUGAUCCUUAUGACACUUACAAGUAUUACGAAUACUUGUGCAGGACUGAUCCUGCAGCAUAUGCAGACUGGUAUGCCAAAUACUAUCCAUCACACCAAAGUUACAACCAAGGUACCUUCUCAGAAGACCGUGGCAGUGUGCAUUCUGGCAGGAGUUCUGCAAAUGAAAAAUUGCAUAAGGAAAGAUAUGAAAGGACAGGACAUUGUUGUUCUCAUGAUUACUGCCACUCUUCAUCUUUUACUGGUGAUUGUGACAGUGGGAGAGGUCAGGAGCAGACAGAUUCAUCUGUCAUAGAGGAUCCCACUGCUACAACUCCACAGAGACUUACACCUGCCAAAUUUUCUACUGCUCAUGUUAAAGGUAUCCUCACAGCAAGAGGACAGGUUGUGAAAGUGCUGCCCCCUAAUCCAUUAGAUGGUCAGCCUGCCACUGUGGAAAUCCAUAAUAUACAGGACGUGGUUAGUUCGGAUGAGACUGUAAGAGAAUUACAAGAUUUUCCAGGGCCACUCAUUAGGGGAGUUACACACAAGAACUCUGUAAUCACAUAUUGCAUGAGAAAACUGAAGAAAGCUGAGAGCGAUCCUGAGCUGUUUGAUCGUGAAUCGGUUAUUCUUUUGUGGAAAUUGCUUAUACUUCUUCUAAGACAAAAUGGGGCAGUUGUUGGAGCAGAUAUUGCUGGACUUCUGCUGUCAAAGUCAGGUAAUCAGGAGACUGUUAACUUCAGCACUGUGACAUCUGCUGUCCGCCAGUCAGCACCAUCACCUGCUGUGUCCCAGCAUAGCAGCAUUCAUGAUGUGCAGGCUGAUGAACCAAACCUGCAUCAGGCUUCACAUAAGUCAGAAGAAGAACUGGUGAUUGAAUUCACAGAAUAUUUACUGUAUGGCAACAAGAGAGAAGCCUUAGAAUUGGCCGUGAAACAUGGACUCUGGGGCCAUGCUAUAUUCUUGGCUUCUAAGAUGGACCAGAGAACAUAUGCCAAUGUAAUGAUGCGCUUUGUUGAUGGACUUGCCAUGAAUAAUCCAUUGCAAACUUUACAUCAGUUGAUGUCAGGACACCAGCCAGCUGCUGUUACAUGUUGUGCAGAUGAGAAGUGGGGAGAUUGGAAGCCCCAUCUUGCUAUGAUCCUAUCAAACCCAUCCCAGAGACCAGAUCUAGACCAGAAAGCAGUUGUUACUCUUGGAGAUACCCUGCGUGCACGAGGAUGUCUCCAUGCAUCUCAUUUUUGCUAUUUGAUGGCUCAGUUAGAGUUUGGGUUGUUUAGCCGUAAAUCGUCAAAAAUUGUAUUGCUUGGCUCGUCACAUUUGAAGCCUUUUGUAGAGUUUGCAACAAAUGAAGCUAUACAGAUGACAGAGAUUUACAUAUAUGGUCGCCAGUUGGCAGAACAUGAAUUUAAUGUUCCACAGUUCCAGGCCUACAAGUAUUUAUAUGCAACACGACUUGCAGAAUUUGGAAUGCUGACUGAGGCAGUCCAUUAUGUUGAAGUGAUAGCUGGAUCUGUCCUUGAGCAGCCUACUAGUUACAGUGGAAGUUUUGCAAAGGAGAUUUAUGACCUAGGGGAUCAGCUCAAAUACUGUGAUCCAUUGUACAGUAGCAGAGAAGGCGAGACAGUAGAAUUGGCAGACCCAUCAUGGUUACGUGGCCUACACAAUGUAAUUUACAAUUACAAUAUUGGCCUAAUUCAGCAGGACAUUCCAAGCUAUGGCUCAGCUUCAAAUUUGAGCUGCUCAGAAAGUGAACCUAUGCAACAUGGCACAGCAACAACUGAUAGCAUGCAGGAUCAAUUGGCACCUGGCAUUGACUUGCAGCAGCAACAGCAGGAAUCUCUGUACUGUCAGGAUCAGCAGACCCAGCACUGGCCAGUUCAGCAUGGAGCAGAAACAACAAGUUGUAAUGUACAUCAGCAGCAAGCAGAAUCUUCAGGAGAUAUGGGGAGAAACUUUCAGAAUCGUGAUCAGUAUUGGGCAGACUCUCAGUGGGGAGCAGGUGCAUUGAGCACUACACAAGAUCAAGAAAGAAAUGAACUUGAGUUGAUCUCUGCGGGACGUGGUUAUGGCAACAGUGAGACCCAGGUAGCAGGGAAUGUUGCUGGCCAGCAGCCAUUUAGUUACUGGAAUAUGUCAGCCAAUCACACACAGCAAUCAGUGGCGACCAAUCCUGAUGUACCACAAGUGACAUUACCAGGAUCCACUUCACAGAUGACACAGCAGCAAGAAUCAUCAACACCACAAUCAAAACCCUCUUUGGGAACCAAAUCUCCUAUCAAACAGAAGCAAAAAGAAGAAGUAUCAAAGCAUUCGGGAGGCAACCGCAGCUUGUUGGGAGUAAUCUGGAACAGAUUUGUUCUCCGGCCAGCAAAUCAAAUGAAGUUGCCAGAUGAUAAAAAUCCAUCAAUUGUGUGGGACCCAGAUAAGAAGAAGUGGACAAAUGUAGAUGGAGAUGAUGAUAAUGAAAGUAGUGACGUACCGCCACCACCUAAAGACUCGGAACUCCCUGCAGUAACAAAGGGUUUGUUAGCUGCAGGAAGUGAAGGCCCUGCAACUGGGCCAUCAGGUUCAAAUGUGUACAGAUUAAACGGACCAGGGAAAGGACGCAAGCCGAGGUAUGUGAAUGUAUUGGAAGGAAGCAAAACCACUGGCCCAUCUCUCCCUGCACCAGAUCUUUUUCCACCAAUAAUACCAUCACAGACAUCAGUGAAUUACUUUGUACCCUCCCCAGUAGAAAGCAGUGAUGCUCGAACAGAUUUCCUGACGCCAGCUACAAGCAGCAUUCCUGAGCAGUCAGUUGAACAGUCACAAUUGUCUAGGUGGAGUUCCACUAGUUCUCUCUCCAGGGAAGUGCAGAAGUACACCAUGAGGGGGCAGCAGAAUAAACCUUCUCAGGGUGCAGUGGCAUGUGGAACACCAAUGACGGAUCCUGCUAGCUUCGUACAAAAUGCAGGUGUAGGCACAUCAUCCAACACCAUGAAACGCUACCCCAAUUGAUAAUUGUGUGUUAAUAAUUACAAUUCACGUUAUAGGUAAUUAAACUUGUGGGAGGAUGGGUAGGAAUUUCAUGUUCAUUGCAAGAUGGACAGUGAAAGGAAACAGAGAUAUUGUGUUUAACAGAUAAGUUUCAGUACACCCAGUUUUGUUUUUAUUCUUGAUGUAAAUAUUCAGUUUUGAGUCUCAUAUUGAUAAAAGUAAAACAAACUCCGUGAUUUCAGUCCAUAAGCGAACUAUACCGACCGAGCGACCGCCUCUUUUCGGUGAAGUUUA